AUGUUCAUGCAAGCGUCGCGGGCAGCCAACAUGCGAGAGAUGGACCAGCUCUAUGAUUUGUUUGGCAGUCUCUUUGUGACAGCGCGAGAUCCGGCCACGCUCGACACGCACAGUCAUUUGGUGGCGAGGAGGGGGCGCACGGAUAUCUUGGCAUGGCUCGUCCACCGAGGCAUCGACUUGGAUGCAACCAAUUGUGUCGGCCACACGUGCAUACACGAAGCAGCGGCGCAUGGGCACAUCGACACCGUUGUGUGGCUUAUGGACCAAGGUUCGAACAUAUUUGCGCUGAAUUACAAGGGUAUGUCUGCGCUGGACUUGGCGAGCCAAGUGAACUUGGACCACGCCACUGUGCUGCGCACCCACGUUCGACGCAGCCACGAUUCAAAUCAGUUGUGGGACGAUGGCGACGACUUGUGCGACGAAGCGAUGCCAACGAUCGCGACGAAGCAUUGUCCGCUCAAACAAGCACAAGAUCUCUUGGUUCAAGCACUUGUCCAGCGCAAUCUGACCGAGCCAACCGUGGGGCUCGAAAUAUUGGAGCUCCAUUGCCCUGAAUCCCUGGAAACGGUGCGGCGGGCGCUCGACAUGACACCAAUGGAUGUAGCCGUCGUCAUGGCAUCGAAUUCCAAGCUGAUCCUGGCACAUCAAGCACGUUGCACCACCGACAAUCAGAUGGACCUUUAA